AAUUCUGUAAUGGAUCAGUUUCUACUCAGUUUCUUCAUAUUCUUCAGCUUUUCAACCUCGUAUCUCAAUGCCCAACAAAUGUAUUCAGCAAACUCAGUUAUGGACUGCAACAACACAGACGAAACCGGCCCUUCUCCGGCUUUUCUUUAUUCAUGUAAUGGUAAAAAGAAGUCCUGCCCAGCUUUUCUGAUCUUCAGGUCUCAAUCUCCUUACAAUUCAGUGACCACCAUUUCAAACCUCACAAGUUCGGACCCGUUGGAGCUUGCCCACAUCAACGAUGUCCCGAUUCUCACUCUCUUCCCUCCUGACAAAGAGGUGAUUGUUCCUGUGAACUGUUCUUGUUCAGGUCAGUACUAUCAAGCCAACACCUCUUAUCUUAUUCAGAGCCUUUAUGACACUUACUUCACACUUGCAAACUACACAUACCAGGGGCUGACUACUUGUGAUUCGCUUAUGCCUGAAAACGCUUAUGGCGAAUAUGAUUUGGUUCCUGGUUUGAAGUUGCAAGUACCGCUUAGAUGUGCCUGUGCCACGAGCAAUCAAAUUGCGAAUGGCACGAAAUUUCUGCUGAGUUACUUGGUUACUUGGCAUGAUAGUAUUCCUAAACUCAGUGAGAGAUUUAAUGUUAGUGCUAGAAGUGUAGCUUAUGCAAAUGGAUUCUCUGAAGAGGAUCCUAUGCUUUAUCCCUUCACAACUAUUUUAAUCCCAUUGCCAACUGAACCUCUGAGCUCUCAAACUAUAGUUCCUAAUCCACCGGUUGUUGAUCCUCCUAUUUCUCCUAACCGGACUCCUAACCGGAGGAGCAGAAAGUGGAAGAAACUUUAUAGUGGGAUUGGAAUUGGAACUGGAAUUUCUUUGAUGGUAAUCGGUUUUAUUCUACUUGUGGUAUUUUUGCAUCGCAAGAGAAGCAUGACGAGGAAGCAUGAGGAGGGGAAAAAUAAAUGGAUACUCCCGGAAGAGCUCCUAGCUCGCAUUGGCAGAGUUGAUAAAGGUUUUGAAGUUUAUGAAUUCAAAGAGCUAGAGGCGGCUACUGAAAAAUUUAGCCCCCAGAAUAGGCUUAGUGAUUCUGUUUAUCGUGGGGUUCUUCGCGGGAAAGUUGUUGCCACUAAAAUGAUGAGCGUAGAUGUAUCUAAAGAGGUGAAUAUUCUUACAAAGAUUAACCACUUCAAUCUGAUCAGCCUCUAUGGUGCUUGCGAGUUUCGAGGAAUUUUCUACCUCAUUUAUGAGUUUAUGGAAAUUGGUUCCUUAAAAGGUUGGCUCCACCAGAAGAGUAGCUAUGGAAUACAGAGUUGGAAUUAUAGGAUUCAAAUUGCUCUGGAUGUUGCCAAUGGUCUUCACUAUCUUCAUGACUUUGCUGAUCCUCCUUAUGUGCACAAGGACAUCAACAGUGGCAAUAUCUUACUGAAUAGAGAUCUAAGGGCCAAGGUUGCAAAUUUUGGGCUUGCAAGAUCAGCAAAGCCAGGAGGAAAUACAAAUUCAACGACAGUGUUUGUUCCGGGAACAAAAGGUUACAUGGCACCAGAGUAUCGAGAAGCCAGAAGGGUAACACCUAAGAUCGAUACUUAUGCGUUUGGGGUUAUUCUGUUGGAGCUGAUUACAGGACGAGAAGCCAUUUUCAAGCACAACGGAGAAGAUGAACUACUGUCAGAAGCGGUGCUGUCAAUUAUGGAUGGAGGAAAUGCAGAAGCUAAGCUUGGUUACCUCAUAGAUCCUCGCCUGCAAGUAAGACACCCGCUUGGUUAUGUCAUAGAUCAAACUGAACUUGCAUUGCGAAUAGUAAAGCUAAGUGUAGGCUGCUUGGCACAAGAACCAGCAAGCAGGCUAAGCAUGACUAAGGUAGUUUCAACCCUAAUGAAGAUUCAAUUGGAUGUGCAGAAAUCAGAAUACUUUUCAUUGGAAUAUUAGUGUUGGGAGUGGUAUCUUUAAGUUUCUGUUUGAAAUAUUUUGCAUUUUAUGUAUAAUAUUAGACCUGUUAAU